GGCUCAGCUUCCGCAGCCCUCGCCGCUUCCAAAGCGCAGCCCAGACUCGAGCCUCGCCGCCUGUCGUCCCCUUUCUUUGAAGAGGAGGUUUGGAAAAACUGCCUUUUAGGGGCUCGCGAUGCUUCUCUGGGCUCGUUCGGGUGCCGGAGAAGAAUGGUAACAGGAAGAGCGGAGCGUGAAGGCGUCACGGUGGCACCAGAGAUUGAUGGGCCGAGCGCGCACUUGGCGGAGGAGCUCUCUCCGAGGACGUCGCGGCGCCUGCACUUCCUGGCUGGACUCGGCUGACAUCUGUAGCCUCCUCUCCCACAGGUUCCCAGGUCGCCGAGCCUCUGCCCGCAGAGGAGCUUCAGGGCUGCGCCAGAGGCUCCGGGAGUUUGCAGACCUCUGUCCGAACAGGAGGUCUGCCUCGCAUACCGAGUCUCUGGAUCCCCGCGGUGUGCGCUGGCAAGCUGGCUCCGGAGGGAGUUCGAUUUGAGUUCAGAUGGCCAACUCCCUCUGAAUCGUGCAGAUUGGUGCUGAGCAGGCAACAAAAGUUUGUAGCUUCCCCUCAGUUUCUGGUGCUUCACAGGGGAGAGGAGAGGACUUUGGCAUUAAACUCAAGAAGCAGUCAGGGAACCAUCUCCCUUAACUUUUCUCCUCUGUUACCAUUUGCCAUGAAGAGAAAACAGAAGAGAUUUCUGCAGAUGACUUUGUUAUUCAUGUUGGCUUUAAUUUUCCUGCCCAAUAUUGGUCUCUGGUCUCUGUACAAGGAUAAACACCUGGUGAAAUCUACAGAGCCGGGGGAACAGCAGACAUUCCCACUGGGCCUGGGAGAUGGGCAAUUCUAUUCAUGGACAGAUGGUUUGAGAAGAAAGGACUGGCAUGACUACGAGAGCAUUCAGAAAGAGGCUGUGCGCUCAGGGAAAGGUGAACAGGGCAAGCCCUACCCGCUCACUGAAGAGGACAAUGAUGACUCGGCUUACAGGGAGAAUGGUUUCAACAUUUUUGUCAGCAAUAAUAUUGCUCUAGAGAGGUCCCUGCCAGAUAUCCGCCACGCCAACUGUAAGCACAAGAUGUACCUGGAAAGGCUGCCAAACACCAGCAUCAUUAUCCCAUUUCAUAAUGAAGGUUGGACUUCACUCCUGAGAACCAUACACAGCAUAAUUAACCGAACCCCAGAGAGUCUGAUAGCAGAAAUCAUUCUAGUAGAUGACUUCAGCGAUAGAGAACACUUGAAAGAUAAGCUAGAAGAGUACAUGGCUCGAUUUUCCAAAGUGAGAAUUCUUCGCACCAAGAAAAGGGAAGGACUCAUCCGGACCCGACUGCUGGGCGCAUCUAUGGCCAGAGGAGAGGUGUUAACGUUCCUGGACUCCCACUGCGAGGUCAACGUGAACUGGCUGCCCCCACUCCUCAACCAAAUUGCACUAAACCACAAAACCAUCGUGUGUCCCAUGAUCGAUGUCAUUGACCACAAUCACUUUGGGUAUGAGGCACAAGCUGGGGAUGCCAUGCGAGGAGCCUUCGACUGGGAAAUGUACUACAAAAGAAUACCCAUCCCUCCAGAGCUCCAGAGGGCCGAUCCCAGCGACCCUUUUGAGUCCCCUGUUAUGGCUGGUGGCCUCUUUGCUGUGGAUCGAAGGUGGUUUUGGGAAUUAGGUGGAUACGAUCCAGGUUUAGAAAUCUGGGGAGGAGAACAGUAUGAAAUCUCUUUUAAGGUUUGGAUGUGUGGAGGAGAAAUGUUCGAUGUCCCGUGUUCUAGAGUUGGUCACAUCUACAGGAAGUAUGUCCCUUAUAAAGUUCCUUCUGGGACCAGCCUGGCAAGGAACCUGAAGCGGGUGGCUGAGACGUGGAUGGACGAAUUUGCAGAGUACAUUUACCAGCGGCGGCCGGAGUACCGGCACCUCUCCACUGGGGACAUCUCGGCCCAGAAAGAGCUUCGCAAACAGCUGAAGUGCAAGGACUUCAAAUGGUUCAUGGCUGCGGUAGCCUGGGACGUGCCUAAGUACUACCCUCCGGUGGAGCCCCCACCUGCCGCCUGGGGGGAGAUUCGGAACGUGGCGGCAAAUCUCUGCAUAGACAGCAAGCAUGGAGCCACAGGAACAGAGCUGAGGCUAGACAUCUGUGUCAAGGAUGGUUCCGAAAGGACGUGGUCUCAUGAACAGCUCUUUACCUUUGGAUGGAGAGAAGAUAUUCGACCUGGUGAGCCACUGCAUACCCGAAAGUUCUGCUUUGAUGCGAUAUCACACAACAGCCCUGUUACACUCUAUGAUUGCCACGGCAUGAAGGGGAACCAGCUCUGGGGGUACCGGAAGGACAGAACAUUAUUUCAUCCUGUAAGCAACAGCUGCAUGGAUUCCAACCCAGCAGAAAAGAAGAUUUUCAUGGCCAGAUGUGACCCCCUAUCUGAGACUCAGCAGUGGAUUUUUGAACACAUUAACAUGACUGUUUUAGAAAAAUUUAGCUACCAUGUCAGCUCCUAGAAAGAAGAAAGAAAAAAAAAAGAUAGACUAUCUACAGAUUAUGAACUAGAUGUUAGCCAGCAUCUGGGUCAAAGGAGUCAGGAAUAACAUUUCCUAGAUCCAGGAACUCUGGUUUAAUGAUUUGUAAAUGCCACGUCAAAGUAGGUUGUCCUGAAGAACUUCCUGCAUCUGAAGAACUUGGCUAAGAAUCUCACCAGCUGCUUCUGAGAACUCGAGACUAGCAGUUCCCUUGCUGGCCAAGGGCGAAGAUUAUUUAGAGACUUUUCGAAACAACUGCUGAGUUAAUAAAUCCUAGCAUUUCUCAGGUCAAAUCCUGCAGUAGUGAGUAGCUAUGAAUGGAUCCUAUUAAUCGGGUGGGAGGGGGGUGGAAACAGAGUGCAUGACUGCUCUGACAACCUGAGGUUACCACAGGCUUAGAACUAGCCACGCUGAAGGGGUGAGCUGUCCUCUUUGGUGCCAUUCUCUGACUAAGAAUGGGUUAAGCAGGUUUAACCCUUAAAAGUGCUGCAGAUGAUUUUAGAGUGCUCAUACCAUUCUCUUUUGUUUUAUUUUUAAACAAGGGUGGCACAUCUAUAAUGACGUAAGUUACAUAAUGAAAUGGACUUCCAAUUUUCCCAUUCUCUUUUACAUUUGUCAUUUUGCUUUUAGAGCAGAAGCUAGUUAUUGUCCAUAAAAAGUCAUGCUCCAUAAGUCAGUUGAGAUUCUCAUUCAGUGCCCUUGUGUGAAUCCAGUUAAAAUGAACAAACAAACAACAACAAUAAAAGCUAUACUAUCAAGUUACUCCAAAGAAAGAUUUCACAGAAGCAGCAAAACCAUAAAAAGGUAUAGGAAAGAGAUUUCCCUAGGAAACCUAUUUUUACUUUUCUAUUAUUUUUAGAAUUUUAAAAGUCUGAUGUUUGUCCCAUCAUUAUUUUUAUUAAGGAAGGAAAUGGAGUGAAGUUGAUGUAAUUUGUUUAGGAAAGUCUUAA